ACAGAGCCUUGGUUUCAGUUUAAAUGAUGUAUGAAAGUGGAGUUGGAGGUGUGCUUGACGUUUGAUUUAGAAAGAAAAGAAGAAGAGUGCAGGAUUAAUCGCUUUAAUGCUUCUCCUUCAAGAUACUAAAUCAGCGGUUUUAUUUAUUGAGAUGAACAAGUGGCGAAGAUACAGUGGCCUAAAUCCAGCGGAGGCGUCGUCUCUGGGCUCGACCAAAGUGUAUAGACUAAAGACUCUAUGAUCUACGUUGCUGUUGAAUGUUGAUACGUGCACGAAGGCUUUCAUGCACGCGCGGAACAACUUAAACAAUGAGUGAAGAAGCGGGAAGUUGAAAAGCUACCAACGUCUACUCAUGGUCACCUCAGUCUCGGUAGUUGUACCUUUUCGUGUUCCUUCCUCAAUCCACAUCUCGAAUUCUAUGAUUGCAGUCUGCAUAUCCUCUUCUGUUUGAAGUUCUCUAUGCGUUUUCUGGGUGUUUUUGGUGACGCCGGUUGAGUUUGUGUGCGACUUCUCAUCCUUCCACCAUUAAAGAAACUUCUUCUCGACUUUGUUUGGCGCUUUGAUCUUUUGAUAUCUGGCUCAUCGGUUGGAUUGUCAGAUUGAAAAGCUGGAGAUGGAUCGGGUGAAAAAGAAGGCAGAACUUGUUGAUAUUAUACUGAGUUGGCAAAUAGAAGAUAUCCUAAAUGAGAAUCUUUUGAAAGAUAAGGUGAAAGAAAUUCCAACAAGAUUUUCAUCCAUAAGUCAUUAUCUAGAGUCGUUUCAUUAUCCCCUGGUUGAGGAGACAAGAGCAGAGUUGUGCUCAUGUUUGGUUGCUAUUGCUAGUGCUCCUUAUGUGGGCAUACAUUUUAAGGAAGAAAAUGAUGUUUGGGAAUUGCAAUACGGUAGUGAACUGGGAUUUUAUUGUUCUGUCUCAGGGUCUGAGAAAAGGCUUUAUGUCCCUGUAAUCGGUGAUAUGAUUCUUUUCUCUACUUCAGUGCCUGCAAAUGUCUCAGAAUUGACGUCAGGUUUAUCAGUUUCUUGUUUAGCGGUUGUUAGUGAUGCUGGAAAAGGUGCCACUGGGUACGUCAAAGCUAGGCUUGGUGUUCCUUGGAGCAUUGGAACUAAAUGCAUUGGUAGUUCUUUUGUGGCAGUGUUCCUGAUGAAUGUUACAAACGCCAGCCAUGUUUGGUAUUCUUUGCAAGUGGAUACUGGUGAUUCGUGUGCCAAUUUAAACCUUAUUAAGAAGGCAUUAUGUUAUGAGAAUCUGGUUGAGAAAGCAUGCUCCUGUUCCUUUAUGCUUGUUGAGGAUUUUUUUGAUGAGACGUUACGUUUGAAGCUGCAUUGCCUUGAGUUGAAUGAGUCACAAGUUGGUACCAUUCAUUCUGUUAUUUGUGCUAUAAGGUGUAAUCAUUCAUGUACUAUACAAGAGAUUUGUGGAUUACCUGGCACAGGGAAGACUGAAGUUGUUUGCUUGAUUUCGUUGAUUGCCAUGAGAUUAAAAUGUAAAGUCCUUGUUUGUGCACCAAAUUUAUGUUCUCUUAUGGAGAUUGUUUCACGUUUCCGGAAGUUUGUUGGUGAAUCUUCCAAUAUCUCUACUGCACAUGGUAUAUCAAGAUGUAACUUGACAGAAUUUGUAGCAUUUGUUGGUAAAAAUAAGGAACAAGUGAACUUUACCGGUGACAUUACUGAUAUUAAUUUAAAGCAAGCCUGUCUUAUUUUCUGCACAGCAUCUACUUUAUCCAGGUUGCAUUUGUUGGGGCAAAGUAGUUACUUGGAUGUACUGGUUGUUGAUAGAGCUGCUCAAAUAAAAGAGUGUGAGUCAGUUGUUUCAUUGCAGCUUAAAGGCUUAAGACAUGUUCUCCUUGUUGGAAAUGAUUACGAGUUGCCAUCUGCUGUUGUUAGCAAGAUUUCGGAAAGUGCUGGCUUUGGGAGAAGCCUUUUUAGAAGAUUGGGAUUUCUACGACCUCCAAAACGACUUCUUGAUAUACAGUACAGGAUGCAUCCUUCUAUAAGCUAUUUCCCAAAUGUGAAGUUUUUCAAUGGACAACUUUUAAAUGGUCAGAAUGUUAUGGAUAAAAGCUAUGAGAAGCAAUAUCUCUUAGAACACAUCUAUGGUUCAUACUCGUUUCUAAAUGUUGCUGAUGGUAGAGAAGUUCCUGGUGAAAAUGGUGAUAACUGGCAAAAUUUUGUGGAGGCAGCAGUCAUCUGUAAGAUUUUGAUGAAAAUCAAUCAAGCUUGUGCAUCUUCAUGCCAGAGACCCAGUGUUGGAAUAUUGUCCCCAUAUGAUGCGCAAGUUCAGGCUAUUCAGGACAUGGUAUCUAGCAGAAUUGAGCGUAAAUCUGAUUUUUCCUUGUGGAUGAAGGCUUUUCAUAAAAUUGAAAGCAGCGAGGAGGAUGUGAUAAUAAUUUCUAUGGUAAGAUGUAAUGAGAAUGGAUAUGUUGGGAUACCGUCUGAUCCUCAUCUUACAAGUAAUAUUCUGACCAGGGCAAGGAAAUGCCUUUGGAUUGUUGGAAAUGAGUUAACUUUGGCUAGAGGUCCUUCCAUCUGGAAAGACCUUGUGCUUGAUGCGAAAGAACGUGGUUGUUUCUUCCAAGUUGGGGAGGAUAGACAAUUGGCUGGAGUAAUUUUAAAUAUCAAACAAGAGUUAAAUCAGCUUGAUGAUUUGUUGAAAGAUGACACUGCACUUUUCAAGAAGACAAAGUGGAAGAUUUUAUUCAGUGAUAACUUCAAGAAGUCUUUCAUUUCUUUGAGGACUCUGUUGUGCAAGCAACUAGUUAUUGGGUUCUUGUUAAAGCUAGCAAAUGGUUGGCGUCCAAAGCGCACAUACCCAUACCCUUUAUGUCCAUCAUUGUCUAAGAUUGUGAAGCUAUACAGGGUGCAUGGGUUAUAUGUUAUCUGUACUACUGAUACCAUCAAACGUUCAAAGUUUAUCCAGGUAUUGAGGGUAUGGGAUGUCUUAGCACUUGUGGAUAUUCCAAAGCUUAUGGAUGAACUUGAAAACAUGGUUUCAUUGUGUACUGAUAGAUACAUAGAACUAUGCAGCAAUGAGAAACAUGAAGGGGAUCUCGUUGUGCCAAUGACUUGGAAAAUCUCUUCUGAUUUUGUCAAGUAUAAGGAAUCAUCGUACUCACAAGAUUAUUCUAGUCUUUCUGGGGGUUUACAUCGCAUAAAAAACUUAAAGUUUAGUGAAAGUUUGUUGCUGAUGAAGUUCUAUUCUUUAUCUUCUGGUAAUGCUAAAUACAUGCUAACUGCUUGUGACGGGAAAGAAAUUGAACUUCCAUUUGAAUUAAGUGAGCUUGAGUCAGAGGUAAUUAGGUUUCCAAGAAGUGCUUUUGUAGUAGGGAGGUCUGGAACGGGAAAGACUAUUGUGUCAGUUAUGAAACUGAUUCGUAGGGAACAACACCAUGUUAUUGCCUCUGAUGGUUUUUCAAGCCCAGUUGAUGAACCAUAUUGUUUUAUGAGCUAUGAGAAUCUUGCAGCUCCUAAGACCAGUGCUCUACGCCAGAUUUUUCUAACUGUCAAUGCAAAUCUUUGUUCGUCAGUGAAAGACUACAUUACACGGCUUAGAAGGCUUGUUACUGGUGAUGAAAUACAGGGGGACCUAAAUGAGAUAAAGAUGCAAGAGGUUGGUGAUGAUUUAUCUUUAUUUUCUGAUAUUCCUCAAAGCUUCAUUGAUAUUCCAGAGAGACAUUUCCCCCUGGUUAUUUCUUUGAGGAAAUUCUUGUUAAUGCUAGAUGGUAGCAUGCCGGCAUCAUAUUUUGAUAGAUUUCAUGAUAUAAAGGAGAUAUCUGAUGAUAAACGAUCUUAUUUGUCCCAUGCAUCACAACAGCUUAUCAGAAGUAAGGAGGUUGAUUUUGAACGCUUUUAUACUUUAUACUGGCCCAGUUUCAACAUGAAGUUUACCACGAAACUGGAUCCUGCUUUGGUGUUUACUCAAAUUAUUUCUUAUAUAAAGGGUGGACGUGGACUGGGUAAAACCUAUCAUCAUGAAAAAAUGGAUGAAAAUGAUUACAUCAUGUUGUCUGAAAUGCGAAGUUCUACUUUGUCCAAAGAUGAAAGAGAGAUGAUAUAUAAGAUUUUCCUUGAUUAUGAGAAAAGGAAACAGAUGAAUGGUGAUUAUGACAUCUCUGAUUUGGUGAUUGACCUUCACUGUCGAUUCAGAGUUGAUGGGUAUAAGGGUGCUAUGGUGGACUUUGUUUAUGUUGAUGAGGUCCAGGAUUUUACCUUGAAUCAGAUUUCUCUACUAAAAUAUAUCUGUGCAAACGUCCAGGAUGGAUAUCUUUUCUGUGGUGACACAGCACAAACCCUCAUGAAGGGUGUCAGCUUUAGGUUUCAGGAAAUCAGGUCCAUGUUUUACAGAGAGUUUCUUGGUGAGUCUGGUAAGUUGUCUGAUCUCUUUCAGUUGACCCAAAAUUUUUGUACACAUGCUGGAAUCUUGAAUUUGGGACAGAGUAUUCUGGAGUUGUUGUACCAUUUCUUUCCAUUAUGCAUUGAUCGUUUGAUUGUGGAACGAAGCCCCAUUUAUGGAGAGACCCCUGCAAUUAUUGAAUCAGCAAAUGAAGAUAUCCUAGGGACUAUGUUUGAGACUGGAGGAAUCGGUAGCAAUUGCCUACUUACAUUUGGAGCAGAACAGGUCAUUUUAGUUCGUGAUGACUUAACCAAAAGGGAAGUUAUUGAUCAAAUAGGAAACAAUGCUGUUGUUUUGACCAUUUUUGAGAGCAAGGGCUUGGAGUUUAAGGAUGUUUUGAUAUACAAUUUUUUCAAGGGGUCUCCUUUGAAACAGCAAUGGAGGGUAAUUUAUGAAUUCAUGGAUGGUCAAGGCUUACUUGAUGCUUCUUUGACUAAGUUUCCCUGUUUCAAUGAAAAUAAGCACAUUACAUUAUGUUCUGAAUUAAAGCUAUUAUAUGUUGCAAUUACUCGCACAAGAAAUAGGCUGUGGAUCUUUGAAAGUAUGCCAGAAUUAGCGAAACCAUUGUUUGAUUACUGGAAAACGAGGAAUCUUGUCCAACAGAGGAAAUGGGGUUUAUCCUUUAUUUCUAGUAUGCAAAUUCUCUGUAAACCUGAGGAGUGGAAAAUUAGAGGUCAGAAGUUUUUUAAUGAGGGAAACUAUCAGGCUGCAAUAUUGUGUUUUAAACAUUCCGGAGAUGUUUACCUGGAAAAUUGGGCCAAAGCUGCAUCUUUUCAAAUGGAUGGAGAUCGUAAAUUACAUACAGAUUUUCAAACAGCUCUUAAUUUACUAUCAAAGGCUUCUGAGAUUUAUGAGAUGAUUGGAAAAUUUGAGUCAUCAGCCAUAUGUUUUAUGAAGUUAGGCUAUUAUGAAAAAGCAGCAAGGAUUUAUCUCGAGAAGUGCCAAGAACCCAUGUAUGAAGAUGCUGGAGAUUGUUUUAUGUUAGCUAGUUGUUGGUCAGAUGCAGCUUUGUGUUAUGCUCAAGGACAGUGUCUUUCAAAAUGCAUGACCUCUUGCCGAAAAGGCUGACUUGUUGAAUUGGGAUGGGAAAUCCU